AUGAGUUCAACGGUCCAGUCCAAAAGGCUAGGAAACACGAAACAAAACAGUCUAGACAAAACCAAAUCUUCUUGCUCUAGUGGAUCUCUUUCUUCGUCUGACAACCGGUCGAACAGCAUGGAAGUAUCGGAUGGGAAAAACCGUGAACCAGUUUUAAAACAGUCGCGAAGCAAAGCAGGAAGUGCAAAAUUGCGAGAAAAGGAGCAAACCAAGAUAGAACCAUCUGAAGACGAUGUUUUCGCAUGGAUCGAUCCUCUGCCGAGCAAAGCACCAAGCUACAAUUCUGUGAACCCGAAUAGACGCGUGGUUUUCCCCGUGUAUGACGUCCCAGACACAGGACAUCUUCCACCGUAUUCUCCUUCAGUAGAGGAGAUAACCCUGGUGUCAAUGAAGAUGGAGUGGGUGGAUCCCUACAACAUCUCACCUUCUCGAGGCUGGAAGAAUUUUAUCAUGGAGAUAAACUCUACGCAGGUCAAUUUUUACCACAUUGAUCCCUCCCUGACCAAGACUAUCCGGAAUUACUGUAAUGGUAGGUCAAACUUUGCUGGCGAGUCAAUAGACCCCAUCUUGGAAUACGAUAGCCAUCACUCGAUAUUCAAUUCGCUUGGUUCUAAAAGCACGUAUCAAUUCAACAAGGCCGAUCAAGAAACUCUGGCGAGCAAAAUCAAAAAGGAUAAAACCAAAUACUUGUCCAACAGCAGACUUUUCAGAACAUAUUCAUUGCAGUUUGCGAAAUUCGGUAUUCCUACAGACUACAAUAGAAAGACUUUUGUUUUGCGCUUGCGGUGUGAGACAGAUCAGUUUUUACUAAGCUUCUCUCACGUAGACGACAUGAUUAUGUGGGCGAUGCAUUUGAGCAUUGGGAUUGGUGUUGCUUUAGAUCUCGAUUUUAGGGAACUUCCCAGUUAUAGAACUGUUCCUCGCAGGCGCAGGCGCAGAAGACGGAAAAGACAAGACGGGAUCAUUAGCGGGGUUGAAGGAUUGCGCAGAAUAACUGCUGAUAAAAGAAAGGGAUCAGUAGCCUCCAAUGGUUCCGGAUCUUCUCGAAAUGGAUUUUUGGAAGCACAUUCUCCUUACAAAAAGCCUGCUCGAACUUUCUCGUCAAGUUCGCAUUCGAGCCAUGGCGAAGAGUCUCACCUGCCAUCUUCCCCCUACACUCCCGGGAGUAGAAGAGGCAGUAACGACUCAAUCAAAUCAAAGCUGAAGAAUUUUUUCAAUUCGGAAAAGAAAGCUUCUUCCCCUUCUUAUAAAAGUGCCUACUUCCGCACUGUCAGCACCACCGGGUUGAACUCUGUGGUGGAAGACGAGGAGGAAGAUUCGGCUCCUCCAACAGCAAGCUCUGUAUCGAAUUCCCCAACCAAAGCGGCUGGUCCUAUUCGUCCUCAGCUAGACCAACGUUCUCAGUCUAUGGGAACCAUGAAUGGAAACGCAGAAGCUGGUGAUUAUUUUGGUUUCAUCAGCACAUCUGCACCCGCAGACAAUGAUGGUAUCGUCGCGACACCUGGUUCUCCUGGAAGUGUAACAUCAGUAGCUUCUGGAGAACUUCAAACGCAAUCUGGAUUUAAGAACAACGUGGGUUUACAGAACGAUCUCGCGGAACUACAUCAAAUUAUGCGUGAACAUAAUGAAGAAGACGAGGCGGUAGAAGAUGAUGACGAAGAUGACGAUGGUGAUGUUUUGCCACAAUUUACAGGUGACGACCAAGACGACGAUAUUGAAGAAGACGAUGACGAUAUUGAUAGUGUACAUCACAAUCCAACCACAACAACAUCCUCAAUCUACCAAGAAGAAGGAAUUUUUCACGACAGUGAAGACGAUUAUUUAUAUGUUGUGGAUCGCAGUGACGCCUAUCGCCGACGUGCGUCUUCGGUAACAAGCAACAUCAGUAGCACGCCAUAUGGCAGUGACGGUGUCAAAUGGCACCCGCCUAGAAAAGAGAUGUCGAGGAGAAGAUAUAUCAGAGAUUCAUUGCGGUGUAUCAAGCCUCUUCCGAUAGAUGAAGAAUGGUUGGGCAAGAUUAUAAUUCGUGCUAUCCCUCCUCCUGGUUACAAGACAAAUAAUGCACCUGUCUCCGGAUUCAUCUUUGAUCAAGGAAUUAAAGGCAAACCCAAGGCAUCAAAGGUCAAAUCUUUGAGGAUUGAGAACGGCAUUAUUUUGAACAAGUGCAAAAAUCAUUUCGUUAAGCCUUAUGUCGUUGGUACUACGGGCCUUUUGAAGACCAACGCCAGGUGUUGA